AUGUGUAACACUGGAUCCUCUGUGGAAGGGAAUAGUUCUAACAGGAAUCUCUACUUGCUUAGAACAUCUGAAUUGGUGGUUUAGGCCAUACUCUCUGGUUUCUAUGAAAAUUCCUAUAGCAAGCCUCUUCACUAUAGCAAUACCACUUAGUCAUUUGAUACAGUCAGAGGUAGACUUGGGACCCCAGUGUCCACUGUCAGGCCUCUACCAUGGUGAACAAAGACGCUAUGGUGAGUGGGGACAGGGCUGUGGAGGAAGAGGCUGAACUUGACCUGAAGGAGACCUCCCCUGGAGAGCCUGACCCUGAGAUGGCUCUUCCCCACCUGAGGACCCCUCAGACGGCCAGACCAAGACCGCACGGACCUGGGAGUUGUCGGUGGUGUUCCUGUGUUUCUAUGGGUUUAUGGUGCAGCUGAAGCCUGGGAGCCCUUUAUAACACCAAACCUGCUCAGCAUGGAGAAGAACUUCACCAGGGAACAGGUGACCAAUGAGAUCAACCCGAUCCUGUCCUACUCCUACAUGGCGGUGCUGGUGCCAGUCUUCCUCCUGACAGACGUCUUGCGUUACAAGCCCGUCCUGGUCCUCUCCAGUCUCAGCCAUGUGGCCAUCUGGCUCCUCCUCCUCCUGGGCUCCUCCCUCUUAGAGAUGCAGUUCAUGGAGUUCUUCUACGGCAUCACCAUGGCAGCACGCGUGGCUUACUCCUCCUAUAUCUUCUCCCUGGUCACCCCAGAGCUCUACCAACGUGUGGCCAGCUACUCGCGCUCUUGUGUCCUCAUGGGGGUGUUUGCCAGUUCGGUGCUGGGCCAGGUGCUGAUAUCUGUGGGAAGGCUCUCCUUCGCCACGCUCAGUGCUGUCUCCUUGGCCUUGGUGUCCUUCGGCCUGGUGCUCUGCUGCCUGCCCUGGCCCAAAAGGUCCUUGUUCUUCAACAGGGCCCACCAUGCUGCCCAGAGGAACCUCCAGGAGCAGGCUGCCGCACAGUCGGAGCUGGCCAAGGUGACACCCUCCCUGGCCCCUCUCAGCUCUGGUUCCUCCUGGAGGGACUCUGUGUUUAUUCAGAUGCUGAAGGAGCUGAGGAACGUGCCGCGGAGACCCAGCCUGAGACUGUGGAGCCUGUGGUGGGUGUUCAACUCCGCUGGCUACUACCUGGUGCUGUUGUACAUCCAUGUCCUGUGGAACAAGGUGUACCCCGCCACGGAGAACAAACACGUCUACAACGGAGUGGAGGCUGUCUCCACACUACUGGGUGCGAUCACGUCGUUUGCAGCGGGCUUCGUGAAGAUCCGCUGGAACGUGUGGUCUGAGCUGGUGAUCGGCGUCAUCACGGCUCUACAGGCUGGCCUGCUGCUCCUCAUGGGGACCACCAGCAACAUCUGGGUCUGCUAUGUGGCCUACUCCCUCUUCAAGGGUUUCUACCAGUUCCUCGUGCCCAUCGCCAUUUUCCAGAUCGCCUCCUCGCUCACCAAGGAGCUGUGUGCCCUGGUGUUUGGGGUCAACACUUUCCUGGCGACCGUUCUGAAGUCCAUCAUCACCCUCAUCGUCUCUGACAAGAAGGGUCUGGGACUAAACGUGCACUCCCAGUUCCUGGUCUACUUCUUCUACUUUGCCUUGCUGACGGUUAUCUACCUGGGCUGUGCUGCCUGGGUCAUCAUUCGCCACUACAGGAACCAAUCGGCAGGAGGUGGAGGGGACACCGACCAGGCCACGCCCACUGAACUAUGUCCCGUACCAUCAAACCCCUCGGAGGCGGAACCUCUGUCCAAUGGGAACAACGUGAAGGUCUGAAAGGGAUAUUCCGGAAUGUUGGCAGUGAAGCCCUUUAUCUACUUCCCCAGAGUCAGAUUAACUCGUGGAGACCAUUUUUAUGUAUCUGCAUGCCAAAUUUCUAACUACCGUUAGCGUAAUGACGGGAAGUCUAUCGGAACAGCUAGCAUGCAAGUUGUUCAUGUAGACUUCCUGUCAUUGCGCUAGCUAACGCUAGUUGUCAUUGGAUCGCGAAACUACCUCUAACUUCCUUCAUACUGGAUGCAGAGACAUACAAAUGGUAUCCAUGAGUUCAUCUGACUGUGUGGAAGUUGAUAAAGGGUCUCCUUGCCAAAAUCCUCAACUAUCCCUUGAACAUUGUGUCAUCUUUACAUCAACACCUAAACCCCCUACACUGACUUUGAGUGGUCUAAACGGUCUGGGAAUCUCUCGCUACGGUUUCCACACGACUGCACAAGGACAGAUGAGACUUAGAGGUGAGUCGAGACCUCAUGACACUUCGUUGGAUGUGUUGGGGGAGUGUAGUUUACCAGUAUUAGUGAACAGUCACUGUUCUCAGCCCUUAGUGCCUUAUCCGUUAUAUCCAACGUGUAUUCAGUUCACCAAAAGGGUGUUAUUAUGGAAUACAUUUUUUUUCUCAAUGUUUUUAAAGAAUUACAGGCAGGGCCCACCUACAUUACUACAAGAUAAUAAAAAGCUCACUCGAUCGAGCCUAAUGGUCUUGUAAGCAGCGGUGGAAAAAGUACCAACUUGUCAUACUUGAUUAAAAGUAAAGAUGCCUUCAUAGAAAUGACUCAAGUAAAAGUCUAAAAGUAUUUGGUUUUAAAUAAACUUAAGUAGUAUAAAGUAAGAGUAUAAAUGAUUUCAAAUGACUUAUUAAGCAAACCAGUUGGCACAAUUGCAUGUUUUCUUCAUCAGUAGCCAGGGGGACACUCUAACACUGAGACAUCAUUUGUGUUUAGUGAGUCCGCCAGAUCAGAGGCAGUAGGGAUGACCAGGGUUGUUUUCUUGAUAAGUGUGUGAAUUUGACCGUUGUUCUGUCCUGCUAAGCAUUCAAACUGUAACGAGUACUUUUGGGUGUCAGGGAAAAUGUAUGGAGUAAAAUGUACAUGAUUUUCUUUAGGAAUGUAGUGGCGUAAAAUUUGUCAAAAAUAUAAAUAGUAAAGUACAGAUACUUCUUAAGUAGUACUUAACUAUUUUUAAGUACUUUACACCACUGCUUGUAAGUAGCAAUACAUGACAUUGUAUGUGGUACAAAUCACAUUGUGGGAGCACCUCUAAGAGAAUGAAUUAGGCUGUUUGGGAAGGUUUGCAUCCUAAGCAACCUGCCUCAACAUUGUUUCGAAGUACAAUAGACCAGCAUAUAGCUACUGUAGUAGGUACAUUUAAGGAAUUUUCUUUUUCGGCGUUAGAUCAAUCCCUACUUCUCACUCAAACAGUGUUUUGUUUUUAAUAGUCAGAGUUUGGGCCUCGUUGUCAGCCUAAUGUUCUCAGAGAGACUGUUGACAUGUACUAUGUAGUGGCUGCUUUUCUCUUCUCAUCCCAGAAACAUCCCAAAUGGUGUUAUCCACGGGGGGAUGUUCAGAGUUUUCCAAAUACAGGGUAAUCAUAUGUUCCCUGAUGUUAAAGCAUGUUUGUUUUCGUAACUCUGACUGAGAAAAUAAUCAUCUCAAUUAGAGGGGACCAAUAGGAAGUGAUCUACAGAAACAGUCUAACGAAUUCUACUGGACUACUUCUUCUACUGAUGGAACAGUAGCCUGUUAUAUUCAGCUAAUGAUUCACUGUUUUUCGAUCAUUAGGAAUUCUCGACAAUUGCUGCAAUUGUAUUGAUUAGCGAAAACCAUAUUUUUGAAUCUGUGUGUCUAUUGUUAGAUGUACAGAAGUCCUCCAGUGAGAGAGGUGUGCCUCACAGGACCAUGAUUACUAUGUGAUCACAUUAGCAUUGCUUUAGAUUAAGUAGACACGUGACAGGAUGCGUUUUUGGGCUGCUGAAUCUUCCUAAAGAUUUUAUUUGAAGAGUGAAAAGAUUUUCUAAAUGAAGCCCUUUGUGUGUAUGUUCACUACACUCCCAUUGUCUUAGGUUUAAUCAGCGAUUGCUUGUGAACAAAGCAGAUGCCAAUUGUUUUAGGGCUUUCAAACUAACCAUAUCAGUGGACUUUUAUUUUUUAAAUUUCACCUUUAUUUAACCAGGUAGGCCAGUUGAGAACA